GCAAAUGAACAUACAAAACUCCUUAUCCUGCCACUCCGUCAGGCUUUUGUUUUCCUCUCCAGACGUUGAUGCCCGGGGAGGUCGUUUGCGCGGUGGACGAAGGAAAGAAAAUGGAAAGGCACUAGGUCAAAUCUUGGACGGAGCCGACUCGGGAAAGGAGCGGAGCCCAACUUUCUACGAUGAACUACACCGUAAUUUCAAUGACACAGAAAUAACUUUUCAUUUAUAUUUUACUACACAAUGAUAGGCUAUUCUAUAAGCCUACAUACAGCAGGGUUGUCGGUUUAGGAGCUCAAUUCUGCCGACUGGGCGUGCACCUAUGAAAGAGAAACAAACACAGGCACGACGAAGGACAGGAGGAUAGCAUGUCAACAAGCACACUCAUCCAACCCAGCCUCAGGGAGAAGAAAGGCAGCUUCUUCAAGCUGAUCGACUCAUUUGCCUGGGAGAUCGGGACUCUGAAGAGGGAGGUGGUGCAGAAGGCUGAGCCAGCAGAGAGGGACCCAGAGCCUGUCGUACUACAGGGGCUGGAUGGGGAAGUGGGAGGUCUGUUUCUACAGGCUCCUCCCUGUGUUGGUGUGGGGGCACGGCUGGCUGGAGCUAGAGAUUCAGGCUACGACUCGUUGCGUAGAAGGAUGAGUGUGUUGGACAGGCUGGUGCAGACGCACGUUGUGUGGCUGCAGCUGGGACUUAACCAUGCAGACUCCACAAGCAUACUGGAACCGCAGCCCACCGGGACGUUUCUGGUGAGGAAGUCGACUACCCUGCAGAGGAAGGUGAUCUCUCUGCGUAUGCAUCAGGACUCUGAGACACCCGUCAAAGACUUCCCUGUGAAGGAGAGUCAAUACACAUUCUCCUUGGAGGGAUCGGGCCUCGGCUUCGCAGACCUGUUCCGUCUUGUGGCCUUCUGCUGCAUCAGCAGGGAUGUCUUGCCAUUCACCCUAAAGCUUCCUGAAGCCAUCUCUGCAGCCAGGACACCAACAGACUUGGAGGAGGUGGCCAAGCUAGGAGCAGGCUUCUGGGACUCUGAGCAUUGCUGCAGGAACAAGAGUUCCGUCUCCCGGUUGUCCGGGACAACCAUCCAGGACCAAUCACUCAGCCCCCUGGUCACCCGCACCCCGUCCCAGCUUGAGUGUUCCCAGUCCAACGGGGCUCUCUGCUUCAUCAACCCCCUCUUCCUGAAGGUUCACGACCCAGAGGGGGGCAACCACACCCCUCCCUCCUCCACCAGCUACUACAACAACCCCCACCACCUAAACAACAAUAGUACUACAGCAACAACGGUACAAGGUCAACAGCACUGUACCAGCAACCCAGAGCAACUUAUCGACUGCACAAACAGCCCUCAACCCCCUAGCAACAGCCCUCAGAGUCCUAGCCCUGGCAACAGCCCCCAGCAUUAUAACAACAGUGUGAGCCAGGCUAAGAGCGUGUCCCGCCCACCACCGCCUCGCCCCCCACCUCCCCAUUGUGCUCCCCGUCGCCCUGCCCCUCCUCGACGCCAGUGCAGCAUGCCUGAGAAGAUAUCCUGGAUCAACCCCCCCAAAGAGAAGGACAGGGUGGGAGAGAGGGAGAAAGGAGGAGAAAGAGAGAAGGGCAGUAGCCUUCUCUCCCGUCUGGGCUCCUCUCUCAGUAUCAGUCCAUCCUCUUCUUUCCUCUUAUCCUCCCCUCCUAAGAAGCUCAGCAUCAGUGCCCCCAUCUCUAUUCCCUUGUCCCUCUCCUCCCCAAGUAGGCCAAAACCCACGCCGCCAAGCGAUGUCGACUGCCAUCUUGCUCUCGAUGACCAGACUAUUGAGAAUGCCAUUUCUCUCAGUCUGGCUAAGCUGUCACUGAGAAAUGCCACCACGCCUGAUGACAACACAGAGGGAAACAGUCCGUCCACUCAAGACCCAGCCCCCUCCCGUCGAGAGGAAGGAGGAAGAGAAAGAGGAGGAAGAGGGGACAGUGUGCAGCGCCUGAGCGACAUGAGCCUUUCCACCGAAUCCUCUGCCGACUCACUAGACUUUUCCCAGGGCUUCUUCCCCCUCUCUCUGAACCCAGCCCCCCCACCACCAACAACCUGGUCCUGCCCCCCCCUCACCCACCCCUACAGCAGCAUGGAGGAAGAUGAUGAUGAUGAAGACGAAGCAGACUUCGGCGGGAGCCUGGAGAGCGACCAAGACCAGGACCUGACCAUCACCCCUCCUGGGCUGCGCACCAAACGGCGAGCCAGCGCCGGGGCCAUGGUCAUCCAGCGGGCCCUCAGGGGCCACCUCCGUAAAAUGAGUGGGGUGUUUAACUCGCUGAUGACUCCAGAGAAACGGGCCAUACGGAGAGUCCUGGAGCUGUCGAGGGACAAGGGGUCUUACUUCGGCUGCCUGGUGCAGGACUACCUGAGCUUCCUGCAGGAGGGAGGCGGCAGCCAGGCCUGGCAAUGCCACGCAUCAGGACUGGAGUUGCUGCAGACGCUACGCCAGUUCAUCACCCAGAUGAAGAGCUACCUGCGGCAGAGCUCUGAGCUGGAGCCCCCCAUCGAGUCACUCAUCCCAGAGGAUCAGAUCGACUAUGUCCUAGAGAAGGCCAUGCAUAAGAUUGUCCUGAAGCCCCUAAAAGGUGUGGUGGGGGUGGCCCUCCAGGAGUUCCAGGUCCGCAGCGGGGCAUGGCAGGAGCUUAAGGAGAACCUCUCAUUGGCCAAGGUCCGGCAGCCCCAGGAAAUGGGCGUGACUGACGCACUCCCUCCAGAUCCAGUCGCCAUAGAGAAGAUCCGGCACAAGUUUCACACCAUGUGUAAACUCUACUCCCCUGAGAAGAAGGUGACCAUGCUGCUGCGCGUGUGUAAACUCAUCUAUACCAUCAUGGAGGACAACUCAGGUCGUCUGUACGGGGCAGAUGACUUCCUGCCCAUGCUGACCUAUGUGUUGGCCCAGUGUGACAUGCCUCAACUAGAUAACGAGAUCCUCUACAUGAUGGAACUGCUGGACCCCUCUCUGCUCAAUGGAGAAGGUGGAUACUACCUGACCAGUGCGUACGGAGCCAUGUCCCUCAUUAGGAACUUCCAAGAGGAGCAAGCAGCUCGUGUACUCAGUUCUGAAACACGCAACACACUCCACCAGUGGCACCGUCGCCGCACCACCCAGCGCACUGCUCCCUCUGUAGACGACUUUCAGAACUACCUGCGAGUGGCGCUCCAGGAGCUGGACAGCGGCUGCACGGCCAAAACCCUGCAGGUGCAGCCCUACGCCACCACAGAGGAAGUCUGCCAGAUCUGUGCCUACAAAUUCAAAGUUCCCGACCCUGAGGAUUACGCUCUGUUCCUGCUCACAGAGGGCUCGAGCCAGCAGCUAGCCCCUGACACAUACCCCCAAAAGAUCAAAGCUGAGCUCCACAGUCGACCCCAGGCCGCACCCUUUCACUUCGUCUUCCGUCGCGUGGCUAACCUCAAUGAACUGGACGUGACCUCUUUUGACCCCCAGUCCAUCCUCAAUAACGUCACCCUUACCACGGACUCUGAGCCCAAUCACAAUGAUGUAGCCUUAACCCCUUCGGACCCCCAACCCAACUUCAACCUGGGUCUCAGUCCCAGUCUCAGCCUCAGUCUACCCCCCAACCAGCAAAAUGGCAACUCCAUAUCUAUCUGAGGCUGCAGGGCUGGAAACCCUCCAUCUGGACAUUCUUUCUGUAACCCAACAAAACUGAUCUGAGCUGUGUUUAACUGGAUUGAACUGGGCCUAACUGGGUUAAGCUGAGCCAUGCUGAGUUUAGCCAAAACAAACUUCCCUUUUUGGUGAAUCUUCUGUCUAGCAGGGCGUCCUCAAAGCGGAAAGCUUUGUCUAAGUAAAGGAGGAAAGGAGAGGAAGAGGGAAGGAAAUGCGACAGAUGGGGUUAUUUUGCAGCUCUAUUUGUGAACCUUUGGGACAUGGAACUCAAGGAGCACACAUGAGGGCAAACGCCAUUCACAUAAAGGAUGGAUAUGGAUGGAUAAAGUGAGGGCAAACGCCACUCACAUAAAGGAUGGAUAUGGAUGGAUAAAGUGAGGGCAAACGCCACUCACAUAAAGGAUGGAUAUGGAUGGAUAAAGUGAGGGCAAACGCCACUCACAUAAAGGAUGGAUAUGGAUGGAUAAAGUGAGGGCAAACGCCACUCACAUAAAGGAUGGAUAUGGAUGGAUAAAGUGAGGGCAAACGCCACUCACAUAAAGGAUGGAUAUGGAUGGAUAAAGUGAGGGCAAACGCCACUCACAUAAAGGAUGGAUAUGGAUGGAUAAAGUGAGGGCAAACGCCACUCACAUAAAGGAUGGAUAUGGAUGGAUAAAGUGAGGGCAAACGCCACUCACAUAAAGGAUGGAUAUGGAUGGAUAAAGUGAGGGCAAACGCCACUCACAUAAAGGAUGGAUAUGGAUGGAUAAAGUGAGGGCAAACGCCACUCACAUUAAGGAUGGAUAAAAGCUUUGAAAUAGUCUUGUUACAGACACAGACAGACCGUCUAUACGGUCAUACUGCAAAAGUGUCUGAAAGUUCAUAUUCGGGGUCAGUUUUUGGUUUGUAACUCCUAGUGGUGAAGCAAAGGAUAAGUCGAGGGAAAGCUGAUCUCAGAUCUGUGGAUAGGGUUCACUUUUGUCUGCAAUGGUUCCAUCUCGUGAUGUACUCAUUCUGUCCAUUCACUUUUUCUUCAGACAGAAUAUAGCCUUUAUAGCAAAUAUACAGCAUUUACUUUAUCUGGGUGAUAGCCUACAUCUAUUAUGAAUUACUUGUUGCAGUUGCUGGUAAAAUUGCAGGAUAUGUAUUUUUAUGGAAUAUUGUUUUAUCAUUGCAUGUUCUUUUCUUUGUUAAAUGUUAGAAGCGGGCAUGUCUGCCAGUGACGAAAUAAUGAACGUCUUUAAUUUUAUGAUUAUCCAGGAGAUAUGAUACUGUACAUCCCUCAUAGCUAAUCCUUAGUUUAUAGAGGUCAUUGCUGUCAUAGUGAUUGUGUGAUAUAUGAUUGACUGGCUUGGUCUACAGUACCGGCGUCAAAUCCCAGACAAGGUCAUGAAAUAUUGUACUACUGACAAAUAUUAAAAGUAGGCCUAAAUUGCCUUAUGAAAUUUGGUGUGUCAAUUCUCAAGCUGGUCUGAGAUUAUGCACACACACACACACACACACACACAAAUGCACAAACUUGUGUGUGUUUUGGCUCUUGGCUGGUAAGAUUUUGAGCAAUGGGUAUGAGGACAUAAGAGAUUUGCAAGGAUGCAGAUUUGAGAAAACAUAAGAAACCUGCACACUGCUCUUGCUAGGUAUCACUGCUCUUUUUUUAAGCUUUGACAAAGGCCUUGAGGUCGAUACAUAAAGGUUAAUAAAGAGCAGUGAUACUAGCAAGUGUAAUGUGCAGGUUUCUUUUUCAAUUGUUACCAUGCACCCUGCAACAAAGAUGGCUAAGAUGUGCAAGUGCCUUUUGAAUUUUGAAGGACACAGAUUUAAAAGACGGAGAGCGAAAAGAAUGAGAUGUGAAGUAGAACUGAAUCAUUAAUAAAAUAAGGCUCUAAUGUUUUUCGUUAACUGAACACAAAUCAUGUUUAAACAAAUUGCAUUCUAUUAAUGUAUCAGUACUUCAAUGUUUACCAUUUGAAAUGUAGAGUUGGGCAUUGCUGGUGCUGUAGAACGAUAACAGAAAAGUGAAAUGGUAAAUGUGAUUGAGGAAAGGUUGAGGAGGCAAUAGCAUUAUUGUUAAACACUAUGUAGCUUGUAAUGUUAGUUAAAAAUAUUUAAAUAUAUUUCAACUUUUUUGGGACUUAGGUGUUAUCCUGUUUUAAAUGUAUGUUAUACUAUAAUACAAUUGCUACUCUAACAAGAUUUUAAAUGAUACACAUGUUUGUAUUUAUAUCUGUGCUGGGAUUUUGUUCACAGAUUGCAAUAUAACAGAAAUGGAAAAACAGUCUUCCAAUCUCAACAAGAAAUGUACUUAUGUUCCUAUGCUAAAGACUCUCUGUAUCAUUGAAUGAUAUUAUUUUGCACUCAAUAAAUUUUGGUCAUGAAUUUGACUGUG